CUUUUCUGUGGCAGCAUCGGCUCGUUGUGCUCAGUUAAUUGUUGGACACACUCCGUGGCGGUUGUGCAGGCGGACAAAUCGGCUAGAAGACGAAGAAGUGCUGACGGCUAACGGUACUCCGACACCCAGUGCAUACAAAACGCUUUUGUGUGUGUGAAAGUGCUGCUACGAGCAGGAAAGCAAGUGUAUUGGGGAAAUAAGUAAUCGUGAAGCCACCCAGUGACAAAGGGUGAAACCUGAUAGGAAGAGUUUUUUCCCGCAGCCGCAACAAGUGCUCGAGAUAAUUGCAACAUUCUGGCCGAAAAUCAAAAGACUCAGGCAACGAACUCGACGAACUUUGCGCGCCAGCCAAACAAGGCUCAAGAUUAAUUAAGGCCAACAUCGAUUUUAGCGUGGGCCAUCGUCUUCCAUAAUUGGAUUAAUUUGCAGCUCUGGGCCUUUGCGUGCGAAAAGUAUUCGCCAACCAAAAAUACAAACACAAGACAAAAAACGCAUUUAACGAAGUCAUUAACAACGGCGGCCAACGGCCAAGUGGCAACGUGCAACGUCAACAAAAUGAUCUUAAGAAUACUUCUACUAUCUCUGGUGGCUGUCGCGCAGGCGCAAUAUCAUCAGUUUGGCGAACAACUUCAGACAGCUCAUGGCUCCGAUUGUGCCCUUCUUUUAGCCGGACCUGGUCGUUCUUCCGUCUAUGACUACAAUGUUAACUUAUUCCGUGGCACUUUAGGUCCAUACAACAAUGGUCCGGGGACGUGCAUCACCUACGAUGCUAUCAACGCCGCCUAUUUGGAUGCACGCAAGCGUAUUCAUGUGGCCCAGCCAAAGUCGGACUGGAAGCCAGAGGAACUGGCCACCGUGGGCGAGCUGCUGCUCGACAUUUCCAUUCAAUUGGCCCGAACCUAUGGCUUAUCCUACGAGGAAAUUGAGAAGGGAUUGCCGACAAUUGACACCUCAAAGACCUUGAUCCGGGAGGUGUGCCCACCCUUUUUCGCCGGAGUGGAGUGUCGUCCAGGCAAAUAUCGACGGUUUGAUGGCCUGUGCAAUAAUAUUGAACACCCGACAUGGGGAGCGGCUAAUGCUCCAUUCCAGCGCCUGAUCGGUCCACUUUAUGCUGAUGGAAUUAAUGCCCCUCGCAUAUCGGUGACUGGCCGGGAUCUGCCCUUCUCCAGAGUUGUCUCACGCACCAUGCAUCCUGAUGAUGGUUACCAUGAUCACGCCGGCACCGUGAUGGUUAUCGCUUGGGGUCAGUUCAUGGAUCACGACUUUACGCUGACGGGAACACCACUGGAUCCCAUUAACCGCAACGACCCCGAGGAGUGCUGCAAGCGACCAUUGCAUCUGAAGCAUCCGUACUGCAACGAGAUCCGCGUGCCCGAUGAUGAUUACUUCUACCGCCUGUUUAAUGUCAAGUGCAUCGAUUUCGUGCGCGGUUUCCCCUCUCCCCGCCCCGGAUGCCGAUUGGGUUCCCGUCAACAGUUCAACACCCUGACAGGUGUCAUCGAUGCCAACACAGUUUAUGGAGUGAAGGAGGCCUUUGCCCGCAAGCUGCGGACUGGCUAUGGCGGUCUAAUGCGAAUGAAUCCUGUCUUCCAGGAGUACGGCUUGAAGGAUCUGUUGCCUCUGAAACUGGACAUUCCCGACGAGGGAUGCACUAGACCCAAUAAGAGCAUGUACUGCUUCGAAGGCGGCGAGAUCCGAGUGAAUGAGCAACUGGUACUCACCUGCAUGCACACCUUGAUGGCUCGGGAGCACAAUCGACUGGCCACCGGAUUGGCCCAAAUCAACAAGCACUGGGAUGACGAGACCUUGUUCCAGGAGGCCCGUAGGAUUAACAUAGCUAUCGUGCAGCAUGUUACCUAUAAUGAAUUCCUGCCCAUUCUUCUCGGAAAAGAGGUCAUGGAGAAGUUCGGGUUAGUGUUGCAGAAGGACGGCUACUGGGAUGGAUAUGACUCUUCCGUUAAUCCUGGCAUAAUCGACUCAUUUGCCGGAGCUGCUUUCCGUUUUGGUCACUCCUUGCUUCCUACUGCAGUCGAACGCUGGUCCAAGGCUCACAAGUUCAUUGCCUCAAAGCGUUUGUCGGAUCUUAUCCGCAGACCCUACGAUUUAUACAGAGCUGGAGUCCUGGACGAGUACUUUAUGGGACUAAUGAACCAGGUGGCCCAGGCUAUGGACGACUCUAUUACCCAGGAGGUUACCAAUCAUCUGUUUAAAAAGGAGGGCGCUCGUUUCGGGAUGGACCUGGUGUCAUUCAAUAUGCAACGCGGUCGGGAGUUUGGUAUUCCCGGCUAUAUGGAAUUCCGCAAAUUCUGCGGUCUACCGACUUCCAAUACUUGGGAUGAGAUGUACGGUUCUAUGCCGAAUGAAACAGUUCUGCGUUACGGAAGUAUAUUUGAGCAUCCUGCUGAUAUUGAUCUUUGGUCCGGCGGUGUCUCAGAGAAAUCCCUGCCAGGCUCAAUGUUGGGACCGACCUUUGCCUGCGUCAUUGCCACUCAGAUGAGCUACUUGCGUCGCGGAGAUCGUUUUUGGUAUGAACUGCCAAACCAGCCAUCUUCAUUUACUCCCGAGCAGUUGCAAGAAAUUCGAAAAGCCAAGUUAUCCCGAUUGAUUUGCGACAACACCGAUUUGAUUGAUACCGUACAGAUUUAUCCCAUGGUAUUGCCCGAUCAUGAAAUCAACCCUCGGGUGCCUUGCAAGAGUGGCAUUAUUCCAUCAAUUGAUCUGACUAAAUGGGCGGACUACGGCGGUCAUGGAGUGGAUCCUUCCCUCUAUAACUACAUUAACGAAAUACCCGACACACUGCUGAACUUUAGGAAAUAAAUGCCAUUUGUGUCCUCUA